AUGUCAGAUUCAAUAACUAAUUAUGUACCAUUGAUAAGUGAUGAUCAAAAACAUCAAGUAGAAAUUGCAAAUUUAGAAGCAGAUCAUGUUGCUUUUAAACUAAGAUAUAGAUCAAAUUCUAUAAUAUCAGCUACAACAACUGAAGAUGAAAGACCAUUACCUUCAAUAAAAAUUUUAGGUACAGGUGGUACAAUUGCAUCAAAAGCUGAAUCAUCAAAAGCAACAGCUGGUUAUGAAGUAGAUGUUACUAUUGAAGAACUUGUUCGUAAUAUUCCAGAUUUAUCAACUACAUGUUUAAUUGAAUAUGAACAAGUAUUAAAUAUAGAUUCAACAGAAAUGAAUUUAAAAGAAUCAGCAAUAUUAAGAAAUCAAAUAGUUGAAGAUUUAAAAAAAUUUGAUGGAAUUGUAAUAACUCAUGGAACUGAUACAAUGGAAGAAACUGCAUUUUUCAUACAAUCUACUAUAAAUACUUCAAAACCAAUUGUAAUAUGUGGAAGUAUGAGACCAAGUACUGCAAUUUCAUCAGAUGGUCCAAUGAAUUUAUAUCAAGCUAUAGUAAUUGCUUCUAGUCCUGAUAGUUAUGAUAGAGGAGUAUUAAUAGCUUUAAAUGAUCGUAUUGGAGCAGGAUUUUAUAUAACUAAAUCAAAUGCGAAUUCAUUAGAUACUUUUAAAUCAAUUGGUCAAGGAUAUAUUGGAAAUUUUGUAAAUAAUGAAGUUAGAUUUUAUUAUCCACCUGCAAAACCUUUAGGAUUAACAUUUUUUGAUUUAAAACCAGUUUUUAAUUUACCUGAAGUACCUAUAGUUUAUGCACAUCAAGGUUUAAAUACUAAAAUAUUGGAAUUUACAAUUAAUAAUAUGAAUGCAAAAGGUUUAGUUAUUGCAACAAUGGGAGCAGGUUCAUUAUCAUCAGAAACUAAUAAAUAUUUAUCAUCAGUAGUUGAUAUAAAUUUUCCAAUAAUAUAUAGUAAAAGAUCAAUGGAUGGUAUGGUUCCAAUUGGUGCAUUACCUAAAAUUAAUGGUCGAGUAUUUGAAAAUGCAAUUGCUGGAGGUUAUUUAAAUCCUCAAAAGGCAAGAAUUUUAUUACAAUUAUGUUUAAAUGAAGGUUAUGAUUUGAAAAGAAUUAAAAAGGUAUUUAAAGGAGUUUGA